CGCAGCCCAGGCGUUGCCCUCCCGCCCCCGGUGGCCGGGGCACCCCGGUCCCGGUCAGCGGGGCCGGGAGGCGGUGCGGGGCGGGCCGGGGAGGCGGCGAUGGCGGCGGCGCGGACGGUGCUGCUGACGGGCUCCAACCGCGGCAUCGGGCUGGAGCUGGUCAAGCAGCUGCUGGGGUCGCCCAGACCCCCCGCCUGGAUCUUCGCGACCUGCCGGGACCCCGAGGGGCCGCGGGCCCAGGAGCUGAGAGACCUGGCAAACAAACACCCAAACCUGGUUCUUGUGAAGCUGGAUGUCUCAAAUCCCUCUGCUAUCACCGAGGCGGCGAAGAUCGUGGAGGUGAAGCUGAACGGCCUGGGCCUGAACCUGCUGAUAAACAACGCCGGCAUCUACACCCCCACGGCGUCGCUGGACGUGGUCGAUGCUGAGGACAUGGUCAGGACCUACAAGACCAAUGCAGUGGGGCCAAUGCUGAUGGCCCAGGCAUUCCUGCCUCUGCUGAAGAAGGCUGCCCAGGAGAGCAAAGCAAAGGGCCUGAGUUGCAGCAAGGCAGCCAUCAUCAACAUCUCCACUGUCAUGGGCUCCAUCAAGAGAACGACCGAUUCCUUCUCUCCGCCUGUCAUCUCCUACCGCUGCAGCAAGGCUGCCCUCAACAUGCUCACCAUGUGCCAGGCUCUGACCUACGGGGAGGCCGGGAUCCUCUGCGUGGCACUGCACCCUGGAUGGGUGAAAACGGACAUGGGCACCCAGGAGGCUGACCUGACAGUGGACACAAGCGUGCGGGGGCUGCUGUCUGUGCUGCCAGUCCUUUCCGAGAAGCACAGCGGGACUCUGCUCAACUGGGAAGGUAAAGCCAUCCCCUGGUGACCACUCUCUGUCCCUGUGAGGGACCCCACGGUGCCAGGGCACUCCCUGGGUGCACUGGAGCACCGGGAUGCUCAGUCCUCUGUGGUCUGCAAGGAACCUACUUGGGACUUGGUGGGUGUACAGAGUGUGAUCCCUGCCUUCACCUUGCUAAUAAAUAAAGUCAAUUAGUACCUUCUCCCA